AUGAGUCGACACGUUCUGGUUCUUGGCGGCCACGGCAAGGUCGCCCAACUCCUCACGCCGCUUUUGUUGCAGCGAUCAUGGACAGUGACCAGUAUCAUCCGGUCGGAGGAACAGGUUCCAACUGUUCGCAAGCUCGGAGAUAACCAGUCAGGACAGCUCAAUGUUCUCGUUCGAAGCAUAGAAGACGUCAAAGAAGUAUCACAAGCCAAGUCGAUUCUUGAUGAAGUCAAGCCUGACUACAUCGUCUGGAGUGCUGGAGCCGGCGGCAAGGGUGGCCCCGAGCGAACUUUGGCUAUAGACCGCGACGCUGCCAUUGCUUUCAUUCGCGCAGCGGCAUCCACACCUUCAAUCACCAAAUUUUUAAACGUCAGCCACCUUGCGUCCCGGCGCCAGAAGCCAUCCUGGUGGGGAGACGCGGCUUGGCAGACUGCGUUGAACACGAACAAGAAGCUUGCGACGUACUACCAGGCUAAAAUUGCUGCUGAUGAGGUCUUGUAUGAGGAAGGGCGCAAACGCAAGGACUUUGCAGCGAUCAAUCUCCGUCCCGGUACCUUGACGUCUGAGCCGGCAGGCCGGGUAGAGCUCGGACGAACCGCAAACUCGGCUGGAGAGGUAAGCAGAGCAAAUGUGGCUGCCGUAGCCGCGCUGCUGUUGGAAGCGGAUGGGACGAAGAAUUCUUGGUUAGACCUGCUUGACGGUAAGGAAGAGCCGGAGGCGGCGGUGAAACGUGUCGUGAGUGAUGGUGUGGACGCUGCCGAAGGCGAACCAGUCUACCAGUCUACAGCAUGA